CGUUGUAUCCUAAUCUACUCCAGCAUGCGUUUUUUUUAGGAUCUUUUUUUUUUUUUUGUAUGUUUUCGUAUUAGUUUUUUACUUGAAUAGGCUACCAUAUAACGUUAGUAGUAAACAUUUUCUUUGCGAACACAUUUGUUCAUAUUCAGUCAGAAUGUCUCAUAGCUGUCGUCUGCUCUGUGGUUUUUUAAUGAGCUGCAUCGGCUGGAGUGGUAUUAUAAUAGCGACCUCAACCAACGACUGGGUGCUGAGCUGUAAGUACGGCAUGCACACCUGCAGGAAGAUGGAUGAGCUGGAGACCAAGGGGUUGUGGACAGAGUGUGUCAUCUCUACUGCUGGAUAUCACUGCAUCUCACUCAACCAGAUCCUCGAUAUACCAGCUUACAUCCAGACGUCGCGCGCUCUGAUGGUCUCCGCCUCUUUACUCGGACUUCCCGCUCUGGCGCUCGUGCUGCUCGCGAUGCCAUGCGUCAAACUGAGCCAAGAGAGCGAAGAGUCCAAACACAGACGCGCAGUCCUGGGAGGACUCCUUAUACUGUUCAUAUCUCUGUGUGGGAUGGUGUCCACGGUGUGGUUCCCUAUUGGUGUGCUUCACGAAGAUGGCCUGAUGUCGUUCGGAUUCUCUCUGUAUGCUGGCUGGAUCGGUUCAGCCCUUUGUUUUUUUGGCAGCUCGAUGAUGAUAUGUUGCUCAAGGGGUGAUGACCCAGGUCAAAAUCUUGAAAACCGCUACUACUACUCAAAACACAGUGGGGUUACUAACUCCGGCCCUCCUAUAAACAGUCACGCCAAGAGCGCACAUGUGUGAGAGUGAAGACACCCUGGAUGAGACCGCAGGCGCCUUACCUCAAGAUUUGAACACGCGCCAAUGAACUAUGCAAAGAAUUUGUUUUCUACUGCCAUGGUUUGACUGCAAACAUGUGAAGAUUCGGCGGGAACAAAGAAUUCAGUGGAAACUGUUCUUUGUUUUUUGUGCUAAAACUCAGACGUUUGAACGUUUAAAGGCUUUGUUUGAACAGACGUUGAAAUGAAUCCAAAGGGAAACAGCUCUCUUCUCCCUAGGCAUUCAUUUUUCAUUGACUUUACAGUAUUUACACAGUAUUCAUUUUGCUCCUAUAUUUCUUAUUUUUACCAGUGACUUUUAUUUUAUCUUGUGUAAAAGUUGUGAAUAUAAGCUUAUUAGCUCAUGCCAACAUUUAGGAAAGUAUACACCCAGACAGACAGAUAAAUAGAUAGAUAGGCGGACAGGAAAGCUGUGUGGUUGAAUGACCAGAUGUCUUUUGCACUGUUUUCCUGGAGAUCUCCUCACAGCUUCCUGCACACAACCUCCUAGGAAAUCAGCAUUUGAAAUUUGACAUUUGAAAUAUCUGUAACAGGAAAACCGCUCAUUUUAUCUGGUCUCAUAUGGUCGGUGAUUGAUUUAUUGUUGUAAUGCAUUUUUUUUUUUGUGCUGUUUGGGAGAUGGUGGACAUAAUCAUAUACCGUCUACUUUGUUUGUUAUGCAUAUUACUUUUUUUCAAAAUCAUCACGCCAUCUCAUAAUACACAAAUUUAAUGUGCCUGAAUGAAAACAUGAACCUACAAUAUACAUACAUACAUACAUAUAUAUAAUAUAUAAUAUUGUUAUAGUUGAUGACACAAAAAAGACACCAUUUAUGAUUGUAAAAUAUAUACAUUUUAAUAUGUCAUUUGAAAUAUAUUUGUAUAUUCUUUUCAAACAUGUAACUCUUGAUCUCAGUGAAUAUAAGUGUGUUCUGAAUCGAAAUGAUUUUUCGCGCAAAGCUGUAAGUAAGAAAUGUAAAUAUCCUUGUGCAAACCUAAACAAGGGUGAAACCACAAGACAUUUCUACAAACCAACAGAGAAAGAAUUUGAUAUCAACGUCGCAAAAUAUUUUGAGAACUAUUGAGCUUUCACAGGAAGCCAAUCAUAAUAUUUCCUCCCUUAAAAUUCAAGGGAGAGCUUGAGACUUUAGAUCAAACACAGCUGUGGAGAUGAUGUAAGGUGAAAAGUCAGCUCAAUGCAUCUUCAGAGGGUUUCUGCUCAUGUAGUGACAACUUGCAUUGGUUUUUGCUUUAAAGAGGUAUCUUGAGUUUUUAUAUGGAAAAGACAAGGGCAUUGCUUUUAGGAUCUUUAUAAUGGAAAAAAAGAUUACUGUUUGAAGUAAAACCAACACUGAAACAGCAGCUCAUAUCAGAAAGAAAUACAAAUUCUGUUCCAAAUCUAAAGACAUAUUUGAUUUUAGUAGAAUAACAUUAAGGAGGGGUUAUUUAAAGGCACUUUUGAAGCCUUGAUAAAAAAAAAACUGGGAUAAACACCCCUCUAGAUAAGUCACAAGGUGCCAAUGGAUUUACCAAGCACUUGUUCAAGAACAAAACCUUUUUUAAAUUCACUAAGAAAUACAAUAAAAAAUGUUUUAAUAAAAAAUGUUUGAAUAAUUAGGGAGACAUGAUUAACAACAUCAGCGACUGAUUUUGUAUGGUAGAAUGUGUUCCUGGAUUCAUGUUUGUAAAUCAAAUGAGUACAGUACUAACCUUAACCAUUAACUACCCAUGAGGUCUUAAUUCAAAUAAAAGUGUUCAUUUUAAUAAUGAACUUUGUUUAGUCAUAGUUUUUGUGUUUUGACAAAAAUAUUGUUUAAUUUCAAUUUGUCAUG